AUGGGAGGUGGAUGCUGGAGGAACCCUCUGCUGCUGCUGGCUGCCCUGGUCCUGGCGGCCAAGUUGGGUCACUUUCAAAGGUGGGGAGGCUUCCGAGAGAAGUCCACGAGUCAGAAAAACAUGAAUUCAACUCUCAAAUUCUUCAUUGAAACCUACAACAAUGCUAGCAACGACACCUACUUAUUUGGAGUUGACAAGCUACUUCGAAGCCAGAUGCAGCUGACAACGGGAGUGGAGUACAUGGUCACCGUGAAGAUUAGCCGGACCAAAUGCAAGAGGAACAGCAUAAAAAGUCAUUCAUGUCCCAUUCAAAGCAAGAAGAACCUGAAAAAGAGUUUCAUUUGUGAUUUUUUGAUAUACACUGUGCCCUGGAUGAACUAUUAUCAGCUCUGGAACAACUCUUGUCUGGAGGCCUAA